AUGGCUCACAGAAUUUUAGUUCAAGUCGUCUUUACAGGCGCUCGUGUGUUCGGUCGUGCUUUUACAGAAGCCUACAAACAAGCUGCAAGCCAAAUGGUUAAACAAGGAGCAACUUCAACAGCAGCUGGAAAAUCGCAAAACUCAGCUUCCAACGUGGAAUACGGGGGUAUUACUCUUGACGAAGGUUGCAAAAUCCUAAACAUUGACAAAGAUAAAGAUAUGAAGCUGGAAAAGGUCGAAGAAAGGUUCAAGUACCUCUUUGAGGCCAAUGAUGUAAGCAAAGGUGGAUCUUUCUAUCUACAGAGCAAAAUUUACAGGGCUGCUGAGCGUAUCAAGUGGGAGUUAGCGCAGAGGGAGAAAGCUAAUAGUGAAAAUAGUGGCCAACCGCCUUCAAACCAAGCAUGA